CCCCUUCAUAUUUGCUUAGUGUAUCCCAUACUUGAUUUAUAUGCUUCUCCUCCUGGAUUGGAUCUAGUCGAUUAGCUUUGGAUCACACAGGCCUUGUCCUUUUCAAACAUUUGGCAAUGGCGUCACUCAAUAUCGCCCUCUGCAACAAUUCGUCAUCCCCUAUCGUCUUUGCGUAUAUCACCGGCCGCGCUAUUGACAGGGACAACGCAGUCUUCCUACUCCAAUCCGACGGCAAGACCGCCUACUAUCCCAAAUCGCCAUCUUCCAACGGCAGCAAGCUCGCAGCCGACUGCGCCAUCCGUCUUGGCGGCCCCGGCGCUUCCCGAACCGUGACGAUUCCCCAUCUGGCAGGAGCACGCAUCUGGUUCUCCCUCGACCAGCCCCUAACCUUCCUCCUGAACCCCGGCCCAGGCCUCGUCGAGCCCUCCGCCACCAACCCCUCCGACCCCAACAUCCACCUCGCCUGGGGCUUCUGCGAGUUCACCUGGAACGAUGCCCAGAUGUUCGCGAACAUCUCAUCCGUCGACUUCGUAAGUCUCCCCAUCGCGCUGGAGCUCGAGUCCACCGCCGGGACGGUCCAGCGCAUCGGCGGCCUCUAUCCGAACGCCCUGGCACGCGUCUGCGAGGCGCUGCGGGAACAGAGUCGCCGCGAGGGAAAUCCGCGCUGGUCGUCACUCAUUUUCCGCGCCAAUGGCCGCGAUGUGCGCGCGCUGUCGCCGAACAACGGACAUGUCAUGAACCCGAAGCUCUUCGCCGGAUUCUACGACCCGUAUGUGUCCCGCGUGUGGGAGCACUAUCGCAACAAGGACCUCGCCGUCGACACGCAGGCGGUAUGGGGGAUUGUCUCCGGCCGGGUCGUGAACGAUCAACUCCGGAUCGCGGGGCAGUCAUUCGAUCGACCCAGCACCAAGGACAUCUUCAGCUGUAGCGACGGGCCGUUCGGUGGACCAUUACACGGGGUACGGGCGGCGCUGGUUCCACGCAUCGCGGCCGCGUUCAAUCGGUCCACGUUGAUGAACAACGAUGGGUUGGAACCUAGCCGGAAGGGGACGAGGAGUUACUAUUCUGGGGGGAUCACCAACCAUUAUGCGCGGAUCGUGCAUGAGAACGAAACGGAUGGAAGGGGGUAUGCGUUUCCGUAUGAUGAUGUGAACCCGACGGGAGGAGUCGAUCGGUCCGGGUCGGUGUCCGAUGGGUCUCCGAGACUGUUGACGGUAACGGUUAGGGGUAGUGGAUCCGGGAAGUUGGCAGCGAUACCUGGAAAGCUGUGAUGAUGAUAUGAAUGUAAGUCAUAUUCUUGUGGUGCCUUUGAAGUCCAUUGGAGGAACAGAAUGGCUCGUUCAGUUGGAUGAUCUCCUUGGACCUUGAACUAUUUUGAUAUACGGUACGCUCGCUCAAUGUAUGACCAUGUAAUAUGCCAGUGGCACUUCUCAUUUAUGUGUUCUCAUCUGAAUGAUAUCAGAUAUGUUUAUCUUUCUCCGUUCAUUCGGUGCGUGUUGGUAUAGCGCCAACCCCGUCCACUAGACAAUUCGACU